UGCCCCUCAUUCUACUCCUUGUAUUACAAUCUUUCCCACAUCGGCCCAAGCAUUAACUCAUCGCUCCUUUCUCUCCUACUCCGUCUCCCAUGGCCGCCACCAGUACCUGCGACGACGGAGAAUGGUCGAGGGAAGCCCUUCUCAAUCCCGAUCUCGCUGUGGCCGUCAUCCUCAGCUUUCGUCAGCAGAACCGGCAUGACCGGGAGGUAGCAGGCGAUGCGGGACCGUCCGCCUACGCGCCGACACGGCCUCUAGAGUGGGGAAGGCGGAUCAAGCGGUCACGGAUGAUGAAUAUCACACGGAUCAUCCCAACUACAGAGGAGGAGGAGGAGGAGGAGGAGGAGUUGAAGAAGAGGAAGGGGAAGAGGCGGGCGAGUCCGCAGUCGCCGCUGGAGGGGUACAGCAGUGCAUCCGCGAGCGUUGAAGAGGACAGCCCGAGGGCCGGAAGAUCCACCGGCGUCUGCGUCGCACAUAUGGAAGAAUGCCGCAGCGAGGUGGCGGUGGUGGCCAUGAACCUGCGUGCACCGGAGGCUUCGAUGAACCCAGCCUCGUGCCGCGUCCGAAGGCCGUCCUCGAAAAAAAGGACGAAAGUGGAACUGCAGAUCGUGCAGGCCGCUCUGAUUGAAGAGAAGGCGAAAAUACUUCAGGAGAUAGACAAGUGGCGGAGCACAUUGGAGAAGCUGAGGGUGGAAAAUGGCAAUCUACAUAAGAUGCAAGAAUUUGGUGAUGAGGUACUCUUGAAAUCAGCUAAAAAACGCCCUAAGGAUGUUCAGCUACCUGCGGAUCUAGAUCAUCCACCCAUCGACACUCCGUCUUAUCUUCCGGGGCGGAAACAUUCCAUUCAACUUCCAGACCUCAAUGAACCCUUACAGUGGUAGAUAGAAGUAACACUACUAACACCAUUUAGAAUUUCCUGCUAAUAACAAUUUGAAAGAAUUAUAUCCAGAUCGGCACAUUGUAUAGCAUAAGACUCUAAAACUUGAAUGUUAGUUACUGGUUAUGAAAUUAUAAUCUAAUCAUAAUAGUGAUUCGCUAUUGAUAAAAUCAGAUUGACUUUGUUGUAAUAAGAAUAGAAAAUUUUUGUUAAUGGUUUUUUAUUUUGGAUUCUGAUUCCAAUGUUUAGUUACUGAUUCAAAGGACUACUACUGGUAAGGUUUAGUCACUUUUCAUAUUCUAAACAGUAGUAUGUGGUCAGAAGGUUAUUCGAGCAUGAUAAUGUAUGAACGAUUUGUGUGUAAAAUACUUUUGUGGGUGGUGUUUAAC